CUCCCUUGGGAGUUGGUGGGCAGCCGAGGAGACAAUAGCGGACAUGCUGUGUGGGCUCAGCCGGGAGACCCCUGGAGAGGAGGACGAUGGGCCUUACUCCAAAGGAGGCAAGGAUGCGGGAGGGACGGACGUGGCCCUGGCAUGCCGCAGACAGAGCAUUCCAGAGGAGUUCCGUGGGGUCACCAUGGUGGAGCUGAUCAAGAAGGAAGGCAGCACGCUGGGCCUGACCAUCUCCGGUGGCACCGACAAAGAUGGGAAGCCCAGGGUCUCCAACCUGAGACCGGGGGGGCUCGCCGCCAGGAGUGACCUGCUGAACGUGGGCGACUAUAUUCGGUCAGUGAAUGGGAUCCAUCUGACCAGGCUCCGCCAUGAUGAGAUCAUCACCCUGCUCAAGAAUGUGGGCGAGCGCGUGGUGCUGGAGGUGGAGUAUGAGCUGCCCCCGCCCGCCCCUGAGAACAACCCAGGGAUCAUCACAAAGACAGUGGACGUCUCCCUGUACAAGGAGGGCAAUAGCUUUGGCUUUGUCCUCAGAGGGGGUGCCCAUGAAGAUGUACACAAGACCCGCCCGCUUGUCCUGACCUACGUCCGGCCUGGUGGCCCCGCUGACAGGGAGGGCUCCUUGAAGGUGGGGGACAGGCUGCUCAGCGUUGACGGGAUCCCGCUGCACGGGGCCAGCCAUGCCACUGCCCUGGCCACGCUACGGCAAUGCAGCCACAAGGCGCUCUUCCAGGUGGAGUACGACGUGGCCAUCCCAGAUACGGUGGCCAGUGCUUCGGGGCCCUUGGUGGUGGAGAUAACCAAGAUGCCUGGGUCAGCCCUGGGGAUCUCACUCACCACUGGCUCCCAGCGGAACAAGCCAGUCAUCACCAUUGACCGCAUCAAGCCGGCCAGCGUGGUGGACAGGAGUGGGGCCCUGCAUGCUGGAGACCACAUCCUGUCCAUCGACGGUACCAGCACGGAACACUGCUCGCUGCUUGAGGCCUCCAAGCUCCUGGCCAGUGUGGUGGAGAGAGUGCGGCUGGAGAUCCUGCCUGCACCCCAAAGUCGGCGGCCCCUGAAGCCCUCAGAGGCAGUGAAGGUGCAGAGGAGUGAUCAACCACACCGCUGGGACCCCUGCGUGCUCUCCUGUCACAGCCCCCGGCCCGGCCACUGCAGGACGCCCACCUGGGCCACACCUGCUGGCCAGGACCAGAGCCGAUCCUUGUCCUCGACUCCCUUUUCCUCGCCGACCAUGAAUCAUGCCUUUCCCUGCACCAAUCCCAGCACCCUUCCCCGUGGAUCCCACCCCAUGAGCCCCCGGACUACAAUGGGGCGGAGGAGGCAGCGAAGAAGGGAACACAAGAGCACAUUGUCACUGGCCUCCAGCACGGUGGGGCCUGGGGGACAGAUCGUGCACACGGAGACCACAGAGGUCGUGCUCUGCGGAGACCCCCUCAGCGGCUUUGGCCUCCAGCUCCAGGGAGGCAUCUUCGCCACCGAGACCCUGUCCUCCCCGCCCCUCGUGCGCUUCAUCGAGCCCGACAGCCCGGCAGAGAGGUGUGGGCUGCUGCAGGUCGGGGAUCGGGUCCUAUCCAUCAACGGGAUUGCCACCGAGGACGGGACGAUGGAGGAAGCCAACCAGCUGCUGCGGGACGCGGCGCUGGCCCACAAGGUCGUGUUGGAGGUUGAGUUUGAUGUGGCAGAGUCCGUCAUCCCGAGCAGUGGCACCUUCCACGUGAAGCUGCCCAAGAGGCGAGGCGUGGAGCUGGGCAUCACCAUUGGCUCGACCAGCAGGAAGCGAGGAGAGCCCCUGAUCAUCUCUGACAUCAAGAAGGGCAGUGUGGCACACAGGACCGGCACCCUCGAGCCAGGCGACAAGCUGCUGGCCAUCGACAACAUCCGCUUGGACAACUGCCCCAUGGAGGACGCUGUGCAGAUCCUGCAGCAGUGCGAGGACCUGGUGAAGCUGAAGAUCCGGAAGGAUGAGGACAACUCUGAUGAGCAGGAGACCACAGGGGCGAUCAGCUACACAGUGGAACUGAAACGUUACGGGGGUCCCCUGGGCAUCACCAUCUCGGGCACAGAGGAGCCUUUUGACCCCAUUGUUAUCUCAGGCCUCACCAAGCGUGGUCUCGCUGAGAGGACUGGCGCUAUCCACGUUGGGGAUCGUAUCCUGGCCAUCAACAGCGUUAGCCUCAAGGGCCGGCCUCUGAGUGAGGCCAUCCACCUCCUACAGGUGGCUGGCGAGACUGUCACACUGAAGAUCAAGAAGCAGCUAGACCGCCCCCUCCCAUGCCGCAAGUCGGGCAGCCUCAGCGAGGCCAGCGAUGCAGAUGAGGACCCACCAGAGGCACUCAAAGGAGGCCUGAUGGCAGCCCGGUUCUCAUCCGCUGUGCCCAGUGUGGAUAGUGCUGUGGAGUCCUGGGACAGCUCGGCCACAGAGGGUGGAUUCGGGGGCCCAGGCUCCUACACUCCGCAGACGGUGGCUCGGGGCGUGACCCCCCAGGAGUGGCGGCCCAGCCGGCUGAGAAGCAGCCCCCCACCCACCGAGCCCCGGAGGACGAGCUAUACCCCGGCCCCCACGGACGAGAGCUUCCCCGAGGAGGAGGAAGAGGAGGAUUGGGAGCCACCAACUAGCCCAGCCCCUGGCCCUGCCCGUGAGGAGGGCUUCUGGCGCAUGUUCGGGGAAGCGCUCGAAGACCUGGAGUCAUGUGGUCAGUCAGAGCUGCUGAGGGAACUGGAGGCAUCCAUCAUGACGGGCACGGUGCAGAGUGUGGCCCUCGAGGGCAGGCCCAGCCACCGGCCCUGGCGGAGGGGCCAGGAGGCACGAGCGUCCCCUGAAGAGAUGCAGGAACUGCUGCUGCCGACACCCUUAGAGAUGCACAAGGUGACCCUGCACAAGGACCCCUUGCGGAAUGACUUUGGUUUUAGCGUCUCUGACGGCCUCCUGGAGAAGGGUGUCUAUGUCCACACUGUGCGCCCUGAUGGGCCAGCCCAACGUGGGGGCCUCCGGCCCUUCGACAGGGUUCUUCAGGUCAACCAUGUUCGCACGCGGGACUUUGACUGCUGCCUGGCCGUGCCGCUCCUGGCGGAGGCAGGUGACAUCCUGGCGCUGGUCAUCAGCCGCAACCCACUGACCCAGAGCGGCCGAGCGCCACGAGCACCAGGCCCCAACAGCCCCCGGAUGCUUUGAAGUCAGCACGUGGUCUGGACACCCACGGGCCUCGGUAGUAGGUCCUGGCCCCCAGACCUGUAACUGGGCUGGAGACCUGGCCACUCACUUAUCCAUCUGUCCGUCUGGCAGGCUCUGAGCCACGGACUGGAAUCUGUCUCUAUUCUCUGGUUCUCUGGUGCCUGAAGUACCAGGCAGUGAGGUCCCUGCCCCAACUGGAGUGACAUCUAGGUCUUUCUCCAUGUUGGGACUCCAAGAUGUCCAGAGGAGCCCCACUCAGUUGGGGUUGAGACAGGCUGCUCAGCUGGAAGAGGGACCCUGGGGGCUAGGGAGCCCAGCUACUAUAGGGAGUGCUUUCUCCCAGCAGAGCUAUGGAGUUGCCAGGGAGGAGUGAGCUCCCUGUCACAGGAGGUGGGCAAGUGGGAACCGGAUACCCCCAGUGCAUUCAUGGACUGAGGUGUGAGGCAUCCGGGCAAUGGGUCCACACAGGCUCAGGUAGUUAGCUUCCCCAUAGGGGGAGCAUUUAGGGUGCACCUGGGGGGCCACCUUUUCUGGACAGCCUCCCCCCAAGAGGGAUGCCACUCAGGGUGGCAGCCUAGCCCCUUCCCUACUCCAGAAUUCUGGUGUUUGGGGCUUGCUGGCAUCCCCGCUUAAGAGGCUCUUGAGCUGGGAUGGCUGAAUCCCAGGAGACAUUGGCCUGUUGAUUCUGAAAGUGAGUGAUUCUUUCAUUUUGGCAGCUCUGGUCUGAAGCCUCCGGGAUUUGAGACCCUCAGUUCUGGGCCCUUUGGGCCAGCUGGGUGUCAGGCUUUGGGCUCUCAGCCCCUCCUCCUUCUUUUGUAGGAGGGGCAGGCAGAGAUCCAUAUGAAUACACCCCUCUCAGGCCAGGCCCCUCGCAAUGGGAGGGAGUCAUCUGGGACAGAAGACCCAGGAGUUUUCGUUCACCAUUUCGGUGGAGAUGGGAAAACCAUAGAAGUAUCACAUAUAAGAUGAUACAGCUCCUCUUCGAUCUCCAAAUCCAUGAAGGAGGAGAGACAGGGAGAGGGAGGCACAGAGACAGACGUAGGCAGGCAGGAAAGCGAUGGGCCAUUCUCUCUCCUGCCCAAAGGUGACAGUGUCCAAAGAGGUGAUUUAAGAAAGUUUAUUCCCACUUGAAAUCUGAAAGCACCAGCAUCCCUUAAAGUCAUUGUCCUCAUUUUCCGCAGACCAGAAACCCUUUUGAGUUUGAGAAGGGCAUAGGCCUUCACCUGGUGGUCUGGGCUGCAGCCCCAGGGAUGGAGGUGGGCAGGCAGGAUUCAGUCAGGGCUGGGGGGUUGCUUUGCUCUUAACGGGGGUCUCAGGAAAACGGGGCACCCACUCCCGCCUGCAUCCUUCAUGCUUCCGUCCCUUGGAGGCCCCCAAAUCCUCUUCCACUCGAGGGACAAGAUGGGGAGUCAAGAGGCUUGUUCUUUUUGCUCUGUGACCCCUCUCAGUCUGCCCUUCUCUGGACAGUCUAGGGGUGGAUAGUCUUUCUGAGCAGGUACGGGCCUCCCUGUCAGGGCCAGAACCAUGCCCACUGGGCACCCUGCUCACACUCUCCCUGAGGGCCUGCAUUCCCUCUUCUCCCUCCACUUCCCCACACCCUGCUGCUCCCUGCGUUCCCUGGAGAGCCCUCCAUGCCAGGGCUGGACUGCCCAAUGCCUCUGCUAUCUUGGAUUCCUGUGUAAACACCCGCCCCAGGGUGAAAAGGUACUGCCCCCCCAUCACAGGGGCACCGAGCAAAAGCCAAGAGCCCUCAGCCUGGGGGGCCAGGGGGUGCCACAGCAGAGACAUGGCCACUGGCAGCCGCAGCUGUGUGAGCUUAGGCAAGUUGCCUAGCCUCUCUGGGCCUCUGUCAAGUGACAGGGCUGGACAGGCCGCACUCCCAGGGCCUCUCGGCUCAGGAGAGCUGCGUUCGACUGCCGGUGAGAAGAAGCAUCCCCUCCCCGACCAGUGCCCCCUGCCUCCUCCGGCUGAGGCCUCUGCCAUCUCCCAGACGUAUGCAACCAGGCCCGGCAGGUGGCCCCUGGCCGUGGCCAGCCUUCUCAUAUGCAAUAUUCUGGCUUCUCAUGGGGGUCAUAGAUCCCAGACUUGACAUUUCCCGAUGCCCGUCCCCGGUGAGUGUCCUGCCUGCCUAUGCAUUUUGGGUACAGCUCCUGUGACCUGCCCCUCCCACCCCCAAAAGCUGUAUUUUUCUCUGGCUGAGAUUAGAGCAUAUUCCUUGUAAAGUAUUUUUCUACGUGGGGUUUUCUUAGGGCUCUUGGAAACACAGGCCAAGGGGCUGUGUUGCAAAGGCCAUUUGGGGUCUCUUUGGGGCCCGUGUAUAAAUCUGUUCUGCCAGGGGUUGCAGUGACUUAGGAGCUGGGGGGGGGGGAGGGGCUGCUGUUGGGAUGAUUUUUUUAAAUAAAAUUAUUUAA